AAUUUGAGUCAACCUCGGAAAAAAUCGACGAUGAUGAGAAAUCGCGGGGGUGGGGAAAAACUCGGAAGCGUAGGAACGUGUUUCUUUAUCAAUUCUAUGUUUCGACGCGAGGAAAACGUCGCGCCCGAACGAUUUACUGCCGAUAUGCGCCUUACUUCUCGUAUUUUCCACGGCACUGUCACUGCCACGAUUUACGGCCCAGUUCCACUUAUAGACGCCGCUACGAAUUCGCUGAUAACGAAAUCGAAAACACCACAUUACACAUUCACCAUUGUGUAUUCGCGUCGACAAAUUCGGAGAUUCUCUUUCUCCCACCUGUCUGUCGGUCGAUACUUUAUUACGAUAUAAUUAGAAUACAAUUUAUUUAUCAUAUAUUAUUUUAUCAUACAUUUAAUAUAUAUUUAUUACGACUGACUUUACGAUUAUUAUUGACAUUGGCCAUGAUUAACAGAUUUGUUACAAUAUCACUCCGAUAUAUUUAUUAUUACUGACAUUACUACGAUCAGCAGUAGGAAUGCCAUUGCAAAGAACGGAUACGCCAAUUACAACAAUGAAAAACACGAAAAAUGCAGGAUUACAAAGAGACGAGCGUUUCAACGGAACAUCAACGAUUAGAACUUAGACGAUCAAUGCACGAUGCGAAUCUUGCGCGAAGGUGGCAAUUAAAGUCGAGGUAUGGAGCAAGCUGGGAUCUCGAUAAUACAGACUGGUGGGAUCACCGACACCACGGUGGGAAAAUCGAAAAGCGUCGGCAUCUCGUUCGGUCCGGGCAACGGCCUACAGGCUGCCAAGGAGAAGCUGAAGACGCCAUUUUCCACCGCAUCGAGAUAUCUAAUGCCCGGCCAACCUGUAAAUCACGUGGUACAACGCUACAUUCUCUAAGCUGUACAUACUACAUCUGAUUGGGGGGGAGGAGGGGGGGGAUAUCAAAUAAUUAUGGACCAGUUGGGAAUCACUGUUUCAAGAUUUUUGAGAAUCUGAAAGUUUUCAGUCGGAAAAUAAUAAGUAUUUUACGACCAACG